UGACGUCACGGCAGGAUGGGGCGGGUAGAGCGGACUGGCGCCGGGAGAUUCGAGCCUUGGCCGCGGUCUUGACUGUAAUGCCGCCGCUGUUGUGGACUGGAAGUAACCUGUGAACCCUCCACUGCAAGACCCCCCUGUUUGAUCUGUUCCUUUUAUUUACCGCGGAGCCAUGUUGCUACCUGUUGUGGUGUUUCAAAGCGGGACCAGCGGCUGUUAAACCUUCACUUCCAACCAGGUCACAGGGUGUUCCACAGUGUAAACAAACGUAGAUAAAGAUGGAGGCCAUGGAGGUCGACUCCCCUGUGGAGGAACAGGGAGGAGGCAGUGGACAGCUGGAGGUCGCCGCUGUGGGCCAGGCACCGCUCAUCAUCUCAGACUCUGGCAGCAGCACUGAGGUGGACGAGGAUGAAGAUGAGGACGGCGACAACGGAGGAGGAGGAGGAGGGCAGGCGGCGGCUCGGGCACCUCCCAGACUUCCUGCGACCUGGGCGUUCAGUCAGAGGGCGGUGGGCAGGACUGCAGCUACGCAGUCAGCCGCUCAGGGGGCACCCAUACGGAGGAGAGUCAGGCAGGGCCUCAGGGUUCACUACCCCAGCCAGACCGCAGCGCCCUCCAGAGGUUUCCCAGACUUUCUGCUCCGAGCGCCGGCCGCCACCGUGGCCGAACCGGAGUCCGGCAGCACCACCGAGGUCAGCGACUCCGACGAGGAGGACGAAGCGGAGGCAGAAGAAGGAGCGCCUGCCGUGGCGUUGCCUGUCGACCCCGCCCCGCCCACCGGCCCUCACCUCAGCGCCUCCACCCAACACCCACAACCGCAGGACGCCGGUUCAGCCAACUCCAGUUCAGCUGCAGACACUGACAGGACAGAAGCUCAACAUCAGGGCGUCCAGUUGGUCUCGGCGUCCAUCCAGUCGUCUCACAGUGAGGAGGGCGAAGGCGACACCUGCACCAUCUGCUUCGAGUCGUGGACGACGGCGGGCGAGCACAGACUCUCAGCCCUGCGCUGCGGACACCUCUUCGGCUACACCUGCAUCCAGCGCUGGCUGAAAGCUCAGGGCACCGCCGCUAAAUGUCCACAGUGUAACAAGAAAGCGAAACGUUCGGACAUCGUGCUGCUCUACGCUCCAAAGCUGAGAGCGCUGGACAACUCUGAGCAGGAGAGCUUAAAGAAGUCUCUGGAGCGGGAGCAGUCCCUGAGGAUAAAGGCUGAACUGGAAUCAGCUAAGUGUAAACUCCAACUUCAGACCGUCAACAGCCAAUAUGGACAAGUUCAACAAGAGCUGCAGGAGCUGAGGGCUCUGAUGGCUCAGGCUGGUAGAGGCUCAUUCCCCUCCUCCUCCUCCCUCUCCUCCUCCUCCUCCUCCUUCGGGUCGACCUCGCUCCUCGGUGUGUCUCAGAGGGCCGACGGCUCCAGGGCGGCUCAGUACAGCUUCUACAAGGCGGUGUUAGUGUCUCAGGCCGGAGGCUGCAGGGUGUUGUCGUACUGUGAACCUCUGAGCUGCCUGCUGGCCUCGCAGCCUUCGCCUCAGGCCACGCUGGUGCCCGGCUGCGGGGUGAAGAAGGUCAGCGUGGUCAACAUGAAGGCGAGUCAGUACGUUCCCAUCCACAGCAAACAGAUCCGAGGUCUGUCCUUCAACAGACAGAACGACAGCCUGCUGCUGUCUGCUGCUCUGGACAACACCAUCAAACUCACCAGUCUGCUGACCAACACCGUGGUUCAGACCUAUAACACAGGUAAACCGGUGUGGAGCUGCUGCUGGUGUUUGGACAACAGCAACUACGUCUACGCCGGCCUGAGCAACGGCUCCGUGCUCGUCUACGACACCCGGGACACCAGCACGCACGUCCAAGAGCUGGAGCCGCUCCGCUCCAGGUGUCCAGUGGCGUCUCUGUGCUACGUCCCCCGGGCGGCGUCCAGCUCGUUCCCCUGCGGCGGGCUGAUCGCGGGCUCUCUGGAGGGCGGCUGUUUCUGGGAGCAGGUCAGCGAGACCGCGUACAGACCCCACGUCCUGCCGCUGGAGACGGCCGGCUGCACCGACAUCCAGGUGGAGGCGGAGAGCCGCCACUGCCUGGUGACGUACAGACCAGGACGCUCCAACCCGUCCCUGCGCUGCGUCCUCAUGGCUCUGAACCGGACCCCCCAGCAGGACUCCAGUCAGCUGCCCAGCUGCUCCUGCUCCCCGGUGCAGACGUUCAGCGCCGGCUCGUCCUGCAAACUGCUCACCAAGAACGCCGUCUUCAGGAGUCCGGACGGAGGAGGGACGCUGGUCUGUGCCGGGGACGAGGCCUCCAACUCCACCAUGGUGUGGGACGCCGGCAGUGGCUCUCUCCUUCAGAAGCUCCCGGCCGACCUCCCGGUGUUGGACAUCAGUCCGUUCUCGGUGAACGGGGAUCACUUCCUGGCCUCGCUGACGGAGAAGAUGCUGAAGCUCUACAGGUGGGAGUGAACGAGGACAGAACAAAAACCCAGACACGGUCCUGGAGUCCUGGAGUCCUGGAGUCCUGGAGGAGAGGACUGUGCUGGAAAUCCAAUGCUGCUAAACUUUAUUCUCUACGUUUACACACAAAAACCCCUGUGAUAGAAACAUUUCAGAUUCUUCAUGUUCACUUUUAGUUUCUUCUUCUUAAACCAAACAUCUGCCUCACCUUAUGUGACCUUUGACCUGCACAGGAAGCCAAACGAAGACUCUGUCAGGUUCAUGUUAACGAGGUUCUGCUGCGUCAGGAAUAACAUCAGUUAUCAUGAGUCUGAGGUCAGAUUAGCCGCUCUGUCGUCUGCUCUGUGAAUGAACCCACACACCGGUGUGUUUGCAAGUUGUUGCUCUUUAACUACACAUCAUGUUUACUUUGUGUUCCGCAUCGUUUUCAGGCUUAAAUUUGACUUUGUCCUCCUCUGACCACAGCUGCUGCUCCCUUUCUGUUUAAUGUGAAACUCAACCAACAAGACUCAGGAAACUUGUCUGAGUCAUCGGGUCCAUCACAGCAGAGCAGUGAGUAAAUACUGUUUUAAUUAUCAGUUCAUCUGCUCGUUAUGUGACGUCCUCAGAUGUUUGUCUGAGCAGGAGUCAGAAAACAUUCCGUUUAUGACAAAACAUGAACAAACUCACAUUUUAGGAGCAAAUAUUUGACGUUUCAUCUCUAAUCAACGUAGAUUGUUGUGUUUGCCACGUUCUUGUUUGUUCAUUUGAUUCCUUACAUACUUCCUUAUAAUUCAGGAACUGUCUCUAUGACGUUUGUCCACCAGAGAGCGCCAACGAGUGUAACUUUGUCACAAUUGAAUUUAAUGACCGAGUUUAAAAGAUGUUUAUCAGAGAAAUCCAGUGUUCACAGCUGUAACACGAUGUCCACUGAGAUGGACGCAAAGAGUCUGUUAAUCAGACAGAAAUGAAAACAACAAACACAAACAAACAGCAGCAGAGAAAAGUCGUCAGUGGUUAAAGAUCUGAAUCAUGAAAACCCACAGGUGUUAAAGGAGCAUUAGCAGAGCUGAUCAUAUCAUCACCUUCUUAGAUUUAUUUCCCUCAGUUCACACAGCAGAGUUUGGAAACUACAGCAAAAUGUUCAUUAUUUGUUGACACUGAGCUAAAACCUGCAGAGCCACUGGUAGGAUCCUUUAAAACCCAGAUCCUGAUCUGACUGAAAACAUGUCAGGUUUCAGCAGUCCGAGAGUCUCGAGGGGAAAAGAGGUUCAUGUUGUAAAAUCUCUGGUGUCUCUGUAGACAAAACACGACACCUGUAGCCUCCAGAUCCUCGAGACCUGGUUUAUAAAGAAUGAGUUAAAACCACUUCCUGACGCUCGGGUUUCAGGAUGAUCCGGGAUGAGCCAGAGUAAAGCAGGACGACUCAGCGACCGCAGAUCAAAAGAGCAGAAACCUCGGCUUCUUCACUUCCACCUUGUAUUUUUCUUUUAAUGGUCACUUCUCCCAAACUGAAAACCCCGUCACCGCCGUCCUGUCUGAUCACAGGAGUAUUUUGAUUUUCAUUCCUCUCUGAACCCAACAUCAAGUGCCAAAGGACUCUGCUGUUUCUUCGUGUUUUUCUUUCUAAGAAAGUUGUAUAUAUGUAUAUUUGCUACCAACUGUUUGAGUACAACUUGAAAGUUAAUAAAAAUGACAUGUUAUUUUUAAUCAGGGUGGGCUGAUGCUUUAAAAUCCCUUCACAUUUUGAGUUUCUGAGAAGAUUCUGAUUUAGACGAAUAAAUCUGUUUUUGUUGAUGUGAGAACAAAAAUGA